AUGGCUCUCAGAAUGAAUCCUACCCCUCCAGAGAAGCAUGACCGAGGGAAAGGCUCAGGCAUCUAUGAAAUCGGCCGUCGCAGAGACGUUGAAGUCUGGGACUACUUGUUUCUUGGAAUGUAUGGCUGCGUUCCGGUGGAACGUCGCCCGCCUGCCGGACAGAUCCCUCCUGGUGGUGGAAUGCUUGAAGACAGCUUGAAGUCAUGGCAGAAAUGGAACGGACUCCAAAAUGGCCGCAUCCGAGUAUGGUUUGCGGCGGGCAAUCCAGAUUGCGUCGUUGAAACCCAGAUGCGAAAGCUGAGCACUGCUGCAUGUUCAUACGGCAUCCCAGUGACUAUGCAUCUUGCUGAAAGUAAGAGUGAUGCUGAUUACUUCUCCUCUAUAGGCCAUACCGCUGGAUCGUACGCUCAGGCAGUCGGCCUGUUGUCCCCGUCGACUGUCUUUGCUCACGCGGUGUAUAUCAAUAAGGCUUCUGACGUUCCUUUGCUUUCGUCGUCUGGGACUCAUAUCUCUCACUGCCUGACGUCAAACUCCAGACUUGCUUCGGGUAUUUGCCCAGUCCCUGCUUUACUGGCGGCAGGGCUCAAUGUCGGUUUUGGAACUGAUGGGAAUGUUUGCAAUAAUACGUCCGACAUGUUCCAGGAAAUGAAAUGGGCUGCUAUGGUGCAUAACAACACACCCGGUGACGCUGCUAAAAUCCCUGCGGAAACAGUACUGGAGAUGGCCACAACCAAUGGGGCCAAAGCGUUGGGGUUACAUCAUCUCAUUGGCAGUCUAGAGAUCGGAAAAAGAGCAGACUUCGUGGCUCUCCAUGUAGAGAAGACCACAUUACAGCCAUGUGUGAACCCCGUCAGCAAAUCAGCAACGUUGUGUAUGCGGCGACGGGGCGAGAUGUGCAUGUUGUAG